AUGCUGGCUGUUCCCGUCAGUUCCAGACUCGACGAGCAUAAGAACCCAUCGAAUACUUCAUCAGAAGCAGGAGAAGAAGCCAAAGAGCAAAAAGUCAUCGAAUUAUGUCGCUUCUCCGACACCCCUCUGUGUCAAUUGUACUUUGAGUUGUACAGCCGUAUUGAAGCCCUUCCCGCCGUGGUCGAGCAACUAGACGAUCCCCAGGGACCGGUCCAGCUCCAAUCGAAUUACGGUCAUAAAAUUGGGUCGACACCUCUUCUUGUCCAUGGCACUCUUGGUCGAGAUCCAUCUCGAACGACUCCUCCUGCUCCUCAGGCUAUUGGUCUCGGAAAGCAGAUAUGGAUGGGAAAUAACACCACCACCACCACCCAGGGCACAAAGGGACCGAUUGUUCAUCUUCAUUUGGACGAUGCGGUGGACUUUUAUAAUGCAUCAUCGGAGACUUUGCAGGCAAAUAAAUCCUGGACUAACACCGACCUCGAAGGCCAUGGAUCACGGCUCUCAGAGGUACGCGUUUUGCCUCCAGAGGGAUUCUACUUCAUCGACCAGGAUGAUCCAUUGCUCGGAGGGGUGGGUGAAGAAACGCGCACCCAAAACACGCGGCAAAUUCAAAGACGAAUGUUGGGAUUGGGGCCACGUGGGAAACGCAAGACCAGCACCAAGUUCUCCGGACUCCUUCAGGGCAAGCGGGCCAGUGCCACAAGUAAUGACUUGGACAAGUCUAAGGCCAAACCAAAGGACGCUCAGCGACGCUUUGGAGGCUUCAAGAAGAGCCGGGAACCCAAUUUCCCCACCUACAACUCGAUCCCUCGGACUCGAUUUAAUUGCAAGCACGCUCCGGAGGGUUAUCAUGCUGAUCCUGAGGCCCAUUGUCAGGUCUACCAUUAUUGCCAUUACGAUGGACGCCAAGACAGCUUCCUGUGUCCAAAGGGAACCAUUUUCAACCAAGAAGUUUUAGUGUGCGAUUGGUGGUACAACUCAGAUUGUGGAGACGUUUCCCAAGCUCUUUACCAUCGAGCAAAGCCUCAUUCCCGUCCAGACUAUCCAGCCACUUCACACAAGAUCCAAUUCCCCACUCGGCCAAGCUAUGAACCUGUUGCCCUUCGAGGACACCAUGGAGGUGAUGACUUCGAUCUAAGUUUGCUAUCAAGUUUGAAAGAGGUCCACGGAGAUCCACCGGCGGUGACCAUUGGACCCAUUCAGGCCCACCUUUUGGAUCGGCCCAUCGCCAGGCCUUUCCCUACCUCCUUGCCGGCGUUCGGAUCGUCUAAGCUACCUCGAACCCUACACACUCUGGAUAGUUCCAAUACAUUUCCAAUCUCAGGCGGCGGAGAUGAAGCCUUUGUGAGCUCGUUUAAACGCGAUAUUGAGGAAAGCAUCGCCAAAAUCAAGACCAUUCUUCAACAGAAGCACUUGAUUGAGACACAAGGUCCGCCAAACGAUGACUAUGAAGACGAUUACGACGUCCACAACCUCAAUCACCCUCUGUUCCACCCGUCCUCGAAUGGUCUUCACAUUGGAUCCAACGGCUUGAGUGACAUUAGCGUCAAUACGGUCGAAUCCGAUUAUGUGGAUAACGAUAACGAGGACAUCGAACUGAGCCAUAACAACGAAAUGACCGCUGAGGACUAUUACUACUAUGAUAACGGCGAUGAGGAUGAGGGUGUUGAAGACCUGGCCUCGUUCUAUCCGGAUGAGCGCUCCAUCAAGGUCGGAUCCAAAAUGGAUUACAUCGAUGGAAUCCAAUCAUUAGGACCGAGCAACCCAAGGAGGACAGUGGAUCAAGGGAUUUAUUCCAAGGUUGGUCAACGCCACCAAGACACCCAUCAGCAGACGCCAUCAUCAAUUAUACCACAAGGAAUCCGUGAUCAGGAACAUGCUCCUCCACCGUUUCCAGACAUCAUGUCCUCACCGCCGAAACCAGCUGGCUUCACCUCAUCUGAUAUUGAAUCUAUUUUGUCACCCAUGUUGAACGAGAUUUUCCAGAACCACCAACAUCUUGUUGUUGACACAAGAAGCCAGGGAAAUCCCUCUGGGGAAGAAAGACCAACAGACCCUGCCAGCAGAUCCAAAACUGGUUUUGAUGCCCUUCUAGCAACUUUGAAACCACAAACCCGCAACAAGGCGAACGCUUCACCACGUUCUGCCGCUGCUCCUCCUCGAGAGACCCUGAUGAUGACAAAGAAAAUGGUGAUGGACCCAGUUCCUGGAGACCGCCGGGAGAAGGAGGUUGUUGUGGCCGCCGAGGAGUCGCCGGGGAAUGGAGCCGAAAAAAACUUGCCAACUUCACUCUCGCAAUUAGUCGGACUCACCAUGGACAAGAUCCGAAGAGAGUCAAACGAGGCCACUAGCAGACAUGCCACCCAACCGAGCGAGUGGCUAUUCACAGGGGAUCCGUCCAACGUGGCCCAAGUCCUUGAGCCUCAAACGGCGAACCUAAUCGCGGGUGCAGAGAGGGAAAAUGCAAGAUUAAAAGCACUCAAUGAGUCAGGAGGGAACAGAGGCUCGUCAUUGAACCCUGAUGAGAACCAAAUGAUGCCACACGACCAACAACCUCGACCUCCAAGGCAACAUGAAGGGGGAUUGUAUGCGAAUCUAGGACAACGCCACUCCAAGCCACAAUUCAAUGCCAAAUUGCCAGGGACCGCAAACACUAAUGGGGUUUCCAAGUCCCAAAAUACAGUUUGGCAACAACUGCAACACCAACAGAAGCAACCCUUGGACCGGGAUCAAACGAAACAACUCGCAUCUCAUUUUCCGGGAUCGCUUCGGACCAAAAAAGCGAGUCUUCCGGCAAAUAGCAUUGUUCAAAAAGCCGAUCCCGUUCCCAGUACGUUGGAACUGCAGAAAAUUUUAUUGCAGCAUCAUAAAAAUCAGAUGCUUUUAAAGAGACAGCGGCAACAAAAUCAACGCCAGCAAGGGAACCAUCAGCAACUAGUGGCUCCUCCUCCCAUCAUUCAGAGCCGAAGUCAUUCCAAUUCAGCCAAACUAUCAUUCGGCCAAUCACCAAACCAACGCACCCAAUCCAACCACCAUCCUAACAACAAAGGCUUGAUGAAGAAUGCGAGUGCUGCAGGACGUGGCAACAACAUCCUCUCGUUUUCGACUUCAGCCUCGAUUGGUGUGAGCUCUGGCCAGCGGAGAAUUGGCGAGGCCGCCGAGGACGUUGUUCCAACAGGACUCGCAGACACAUCUUCAUCACCUCGAUCCCAAGUGGACGAGAGGACCGUGAACGAUUGGAUACCCAGUCAUGGCUACCACCCGACGGUGGACAUCCAAGAGACUCAAAAAGAGACCCUGUCCCAACUGCAGGCACAUACUUCCUCCACCGGAGCCCUCGGAGCUAUCCACGCCAAAGAGACCUUUGGAACCCAUCAAUUAGUGACACUAGGCGAGCACUGUUACUUAAUGUCGCCCUCGCAAGAGCUUCGUCUAGUGGGAACGAAAGCCGAGUGUGACCUCAAUGACAAUCAGUCCCAACGAUUAAACCCAAACGGGGUAGAGGGAAAAAUAUAUUCUGGCCAACCGAGUUCGAGCUCGCCGAAGCCAUCAUUAACUCUUCGCCAGCCUCAAGCUGGUCCAAACACAAUCGAUCCCCAAGUGUAUUCGCAGAAUCGAAGUCAGGCCUCACAUCGAGUACCGAAAGCUCCAAGACCAAAGCAACGCCCACCUCCAUCCCAGAGGAGGAAUAAAUUGUCUCCCAAGGAGAAUGCAAUCUGGAGGACCUUGAAAUCACUUCCCGUCUUCAAGAAUUUGGUCCAAACAAUCGCAACCUCCGGUGAACGGCCAUCUUCAAACUAA